AUGCUGCAUUACUUGAAGUUCGAAGAAUACAAAGAUGCCUUUCGCUUUCUCACUCUCCGACGAGAAAAUGGUAUCCUCGAGGUUAGAAUGCAUUAUAACGACGGUCCAGCCAAGUGGUCGGGAUAUGAUGAGUCUCUGCACUCAGAACUUCCGGAGUUGUUUCAAUGUGUCACCAAGGACCCUGAAAACAAGAUCAUGAUCUUUACCGGAACCGGACACGAAUUCCUCGCUGAAUGGGACCGAACCGAUGAGAGCGAGGUCUUCGUUUCACCCCAACAAUGGCAUCGACUUUACAAGGAUGGGAAAGAGCUCAUUCAAUGGUUCUUGGAUGUCGAAAUCCCCGUCAUUGCCGCGGUGAACGGAAAGUGUUUCAUUCAUCCUGAGCUACCAACUCUCUGUGACGUUGUCAUUGCCUCAGAGACGGCGGUUUUUGCGGACAAGGCACACUUGACGGAUACCAGGGCCGUUCCUGGGGAUGGAUCACACGUCUGGUGGCCGAUGCUGCUUGGCCCUAAUCGCGGCCGUUCAUUUCUCAUUCUCGGAGAAGAAAUCCCGGCAGCAGAAGCAAAGACACUUGGGUUUGUGGCUGAAGUGGUUCCUCAGGACGCUGUGUUGGAUCGUGCUUGGGAAAUUGCUCGCACACUCAUCACCCAUGACCCUCUGGUGCUGAAGUACACCCGGGUCUCCCUCACUCAGCAUAUGAAACGGCGGUUCCUCGACGAUCUAGGCUACGGUUUAGCACUUGAAGGACUGGGUAUUUUGUCUUUGGCACAAAACGCGUCGGGGAGUAAAGGAUGGAGCUUUACCUUACCAGAUACGAGACACGAGUGA